AUGCAAAAUGCAAAGAGCUAUUUCUCCCAUUAGUUUAGGAGCAAAGCCCUGAAAUUGGGAAAAAUUGAAUGGUUCAGGAGCCCAAGUUUGAAGGGUAUCCAAUGCAGAAACCUAUUUGAACCACAAAACCUUCCGUAGAUCUCGGAAGCACCCAUAAACAAAAACAGAAAAAACAACCUUGGAUGUCUCCUGUAUAAAUUACCUUCUCCACCUUGUAUCCUCUCCACCGAGCAACGAAACAGGGAGGGAGAAAGCAAAACAGCCACAUAACACACAAGCAUCAAGCAAAGAGACAUUAUGGCCAACAAGUUCGUUGCAGUGUUUCUCAUGUGCAUUGUUGUCGUCGCAGCAUUCAGCCUCCAUCAUGAGGUUGAGGCCGCGGUGGACUCGUUCAAGUCAUGCUUCGAUGUCUGCAAUACAAAUUGCAAGAACAAGGGCAAUGGCGGAUCCUUCUGUGAAAUUGAUUGCGACAAUUCCUGUACUGCUGCAGAGAAUGAAGAAAAACUUAAAGCCACAAUCUACUGAGCAAACAAGAUCAUCAAGUCAUAACGUUGAAGGCAGAGGAAUUGAGGAAGAUAUUUAAUGCAUGCAAUAAAUUAUGUCAAAAAAGUCUCUUUACUCAUUGCUAGUCUUAAUAAUGUAUUGAUGUGUAAAAUGGAAUAAGAACAACACUACUUGUUAUAUUUAAUUUA